UAAAUUAGGUGACUCCAGGCGCGGCCAUUCUUGGUUUGACGUUUGGCUUUAGGCUUAGCUGUGGCCACGUCUUCGGAAAAUGUUCUGAUAGUUCCUGGCUUCUCCACGCCUCUAAUCCUUCUUGAUGAACCUGUGAGCUUUUCAAGACCCUCCAAAUGUAUCUCUCAAGCCUGAUGACUAAGUCUUCAAUCCGUAUGGUCUCUGGGCCUCCCUACCCCGUAAGAAGACGGACGGAUGUUGACGGUGGAGUGAAAUGGAUGAGAAAUGACUUUGCACGCAGAUAUUUGUAAAGUGUAUCACCACCGGGUCCUUUGAAAGUUAAAUCAGGGUGCUGCUGCAGCUGGGUUUGGAGGACAGAGAGUUCAGUACGGAAAAGGACGGUCAUCUUCUCACCAGACCCACUCGGCAUACAUCUGAGAUGCUUUGUGACUCUGCAGUCCGAUCAAUUUUGCCUCCUGCUGGCCUCCCUCAUGCACACCUGCCUCCCCGUCUCACUAUCUGCUCUGUUGUGCUCUCCUAUUAUUUCCCUGCAGACAAUGUUUGGUUUCUGUGAACCUGAUCAUUUCUGUGCAGAAGCAAACAAACUGGGAGCACAACAAAGGCCGCCGUACGACAGGCGUUGUAUACUCUUUGUGUGUUCACAAUAAAUUAAGCUGACAGAGCAAGUCUGUUCCUGCGUCUCCUCUGACCAUGUAAUUGUGCAACUUGGAAUUACAAAUUGCAAAAUUUAUUUAUUUUUAUUUUUUUAAACGUUAGUCGAAUAUCGACACAUCUUUGCUGACAUUUGUAGCGGAAACGCAAUCAAGGUUGAUGGUAAGAGAAGGAAUAAACUCUUUUGAUUAGAUAACCAAAACAUGACCGUUGCUUUCAUUACAUUUGCUCAUCUUUAAGUUUUGAGGCUCCAGAGGUCAUCCGACCGUAGCCGGCUGUCGCCAAUGUUCACUUCAAGGACAAAACGCUCCGAUGUGCUCGUCUUUUAGCCCAAACAAACCUCAAAGUGAAGGACAGCAGACUAAAGGCCAGCUAUCUGAACCCAAAGCCUUAUCAGCGCUCUGACUCAGUGAAGUUACUCUACCCUUCACAUCCGCAGCAGUUAAUUUAAUCUUCGGCUCAUUAAAGACGUUCUGUCUGGCUAUACAAAAGCAGCCUGCUGGGAGUGUUUUAGGUGUUUUUUUUCCCCCCACCUAAUACUGAAGUACUCCUGAAUCCGUAAUGCUGUCAUCUAAUUAAACGAGAUAUUUCUGAAUCACACAAGAAGAAACACAAAUAAAGACGGAGUUCUGAUCUUUUAUUUGUUGCUUAGAUGGUGGAGCAGUGUGACUACUAGACCACGUUGUGUAGUAGAAAACAUUUCACUUGCGGUUAUGAGUAACUCCGUGGUAAAUGGUCAUAAAAACUGUGAGGUAAGAUCAUAACCAUACAUGUUUUCACAGGUGCGGGCGAUUUGCAGGAUCUACUUUAAAGCAGAAAUUUCGGAAAUUACCCCAAAAUGCAGUUGGCCAAAAGUAUCUGGACGUCUUGCUCCAUUUAGUUUUUUUAACCAAGCGCGUCCUUCUGCAUAAUGUGCUACACGUUGUACCAUGGAUAAGUGCUUGCACGGAGAAUUCACUGUAGCAUACUUAUUAAUCCAUUAGCACAGGACGCAGACGCAGAUGAAUCAAGCAGGUUUUCCGCAAUAAAAGUCCAGAUUCAUUUCAACUUGUUUAAGCUAACUACGCUGACGUUUGUUGUAAUAAAUAAAUGAAUAAAAAACUGAGGUACAUGGUGUAUUAAACAUUAAACGUAAAAGCUUCUAACCAGUCGGUCACCAAUCUGGGUCAAAAUCUUCUAAUUCCAGUCGAUUCCAAUUGAAUCCUCAUUUAGAUGUUUUUAGUGCUAUGCACAAAAUGCCACUUACUAACCACUACGUGACCCAACAGUGACAUUAAACUGUUAUUUUUUUGUUGGUAUUCUUCAUAAUAUGCUUAGGGGAUUGUUUAAUGUUUCUUAUCUAAAGAUAUACGUUUAAUGUAACAGAUUCAAAACGUUAGUCUGUGUCCAGCUGAUGUGAACCGGUCUGAGCAGACUGGACUGCCUGAGCAGAAAAGGAGAUUAUCAAACAUAUGUUUUUAUAAGUCCACAAAGGACUUUAAAUAAGCAACCGUUCAGAUAACAAACUUUGUUCAGCCGAACAGCAGGCAAGAAUGGUGUCAGGGUUAUAGAGGUCCCUGAUCCCCGGUGUAUACAUUUGUGAACAUUUUCUGAUUUGAUCAUUCUUUUGUGUUUUUCUUCUGUAAAUUCCUAUAUAAAAAACUGUUUUUAAACAGUUUGUGGUUGGGAAAAAAAGACUCUGUAGUUGGCAUCAUUUUCCCUUUGUUCAAGUAUGUUAGACUUCAUUUGGCAGCCUAAAAUCCACAAAAAUCCCAUCUCAAUUCAGUUAAUAGACGAAUUUCAUUUCAGAAGAGCAUCAUCGUGUGAAACUGGAUUUUCCUGUCACCGUUGACUCCGGAGGUGACCUUAUUUCUAAAUGUGGCUCAUAUUAUGGAAAUAGCUCUGUGAUUACACGGCCCGUCCAGGGGCCUGUUUACUUGCUCCCGAGCUCCAGCACUUUAAGCGAGUAAAAAAAAACAAAAACAAAAAAAACAAAAAACAGAGAGAGAAAAUGAGGUUAACAGCCUGACACAGCAGCGAUGUGUCAAAACUUUGGGCCAGAUGCAGAUGAGAUUACGCUGGCGAACAGUUGUGGCUUAGUGGCGUCGAAAGGGAAAUGUGGAGCUCCUUUAUAGUGCUGCAUCGUCCCUCUAUGAAUGAUUUGAACGUAAUUACGACAUAAUUUAGGCGAGAUGAGACGAGCUUCUGUCCCAUUUGACGUUUAGUUGGAACGGAAGUGCCCGUUUAAUCUUCACCGUCAUACGAUUCCGCAGAAAAUAAGCGACGUGGGCUUUUGUUUGAUGCUCGGAUUUAUUUGUUCCGCCUCGCUUGAGACGCAUUACUUGCGUUAUCAGCCUGAACGUGAUUAGGACUCACAUGUCUGCGUUUAAACCUCGCGCUUUUUUAUUCAUGGCGACGCGCAGAAGGUGCCGGGUUCUGAUUCGAGUCGGCUCGGUUCUCCUGCUGGUCGCUCUGGGCCGGGGGGUGAAAGUGAGUUCCUCGCCUCGUACUUCCGUUCUGGGCGCGUUUGUUGCUUUGCGUCAUCAGAAGCGACUUUCCAGGGAAAAUUCUAGAACAUGUUCAUCGUUAGUUUCCACAGCAACAGCAGAGAGCGUCAGACUGUGCAGCCUGACUCUUAAAAAGCUGGUGGUGAUGAAGGAGCUUGAUAAAGAGCUGAUUUCUGUGGUCAUCGCAGUCAAGAUUCAGGGCUCCAAACGCAUUCUGAGGUCCCAUGAGAUUGUGCUGCCACCUAGUGGGUCAGUGGAGACUGACCUGGCUCUCACCUUCUCUCUGCAGUACCCUCACUUCUUGAAAAGAGAAGGCAACAAGCUGCAGAUAAUGCUCCAAAGACGGAAGAGGUACAAGAACCGAACGAUUUUAGGCUACAAGACUUUGGCCGUGGGAUCUAUUGAUAUGGCAGAGGUGAUGCAGCACCCGACGGAGGGAGGCCAGGUUCUGCCUCUCUGCAGCAACCAGAAAGAGAUGCUGGGCAAAGUGGCCGAGAUCUGGAUCUUCUCCCUGUCCAGUCAGCCGAUAGACCACGAGGACAGCGCCCUGCAGGGAGGACAGAAGAUCAAAUGCACCGAUAACUACUCGGAAGAAGAGUAUGAGAGCUUCUCGUCGGAGCAGGAGGCCAGCGACGACGCAGUGCAGGGACAGGAUCUUGAGGAUGAUGAGUUUGAUGUGAGGAAACCAAAGAAGCAGAGGAGGUCCAUCGUGAGGACCCCUUCUAUCACCAGGCAGCAGAACUUUAAGCAGCGGGUGGUGGCGCUGCUGAAGCGCUUCAGAGUUUCCGACGAGGUGCUGGACUCGGAGCAGGACCCGGCAGAGCCGCCUCCUGAGGUGGAGGAGGAGGAUCUGGACCUGGACAGUGUGGAGUUUGAGAACCCCAGCGACAGCUGCCCGGAGCUGGACGAUGAUGACAGCGUCCUCAGCACGCCAAAACCCAAACUGAAGCCGUAUUUCGAGGGACUGUCCCUCUCCAGCUCCCAGACUGAGAUCGGCAGCAUCCACAGCAGCCGGAGCCACAGAGAGCCGCCGAGCCCGCUCGAUCUGGACAAAACCAAGUGCGGCGACACGACGUUCGCCAACGAUGGCGGCCGUGACAACGCCACCUUUGAGGAACCCGAGGCGGUGACUCCCACCACGGAGCUGGAAAUGGACAACAUGGACACGUUCCUAGAGAGACUGCCACCAAGUGGCAAAAUGACCAAGACAGAAUCACUUAUCAUUUCAUCCAACAGGCAGGAAGCGAAGCUGGCAGGGCGGCGAGGUCGGAGCACGUCUCUGAAGGAGCGCCAGCCCAGCAGACCCCAGAACGAGAGGGCCAACAGCCUGGACAACGAGCGGUCCCUGGACACACGGUGCCACCUACAGAUCCCUAGAAAAACAGUUUAUGACCAACUGAACCACAUCCUGGUGUCCGACAACCACCUUCCUGACAGCAUCAUCCUCAUCAACACGUCAGAAUGGCAAGGUCAGUAUCUGUCGGAUUUGCUGCAGAACCACCACCUGCCCGUGGUCUGCACAUGCACCACGGCCGACAUCCAAGCUGCUUUCAACACCAUUGUCUCUCGCAUCCAAAGAUUCUGCAACUGUAACUCCCAGACGCCCAUUCCCAUAAAGGUCGCGGUGGCUGGAGCGCAGCACUACCUCAGUGCGGUUCUGAGGCUCUUUGUGGACCACCUCUCCCACAAGACCCCGGACUGGCUCGGCUACAUGAGGUUCCUCAUCAUCCCCUUAGGUGCGCAUCCCGUCUCCAAGUACCUCGGCACGAUUGAUCAUCGCUACAACUGUUUGUUCCAAGACGCCGCCUGGAGGGAUCUGUUCCACAAGACGGAGGCUCCCGUAAUCGUUCAGGAGAGUUUUGACGUGGUGUCAAGGGUCACGCAGUACAUGGAGGGAGCAAACGGAGCCCACCAGCUCCCCAUCGCCGAGGCCAUGCUCACUUACAAGCAGAAAAGGAAAAAGAGCUUUCAUUUUGAUUUUGCCGUAAGCCCUAAUGAGGACUCCUGUCAGAAGUUCAUCCCAUUUAUUGGGAUGGUGAAAGUUGGCAUUGUAGAGCAAACAUCUGCAGCGUCAGGAGACUCUGAUGAUGCAGCACCUCUGGGCUCGUCUCUGCUCUCCUCCACUCCUCCUCAAGUAUCCCCCGCUUUUAAAGAGGCUUCGCCAACACCGCCUCCUUCUCCCUCCAUCAACACCAGCUUCUGUGCUCUCAGCAGUUCCAGCAGCCAGGCGGAGCUGAUGGGCCUUCAGGUAGAUUACUGGGUGGCUCCGACAGAAAGGAAGAAAGAUGUGGAGAAGCGGGACUCCUCCUCCAAAAACACUUUGAAGUGCAAUUUCCGCUCGCUGCAGGUCAGCCGGCUUCCACCGGGGGGCGCAGAGCCAAGCCCCCAGCCCACCAUGUCUAUGACUGUCGUAACCAAGGAGAAAAAUAAGAAGGUCAUGUUUCUGCCGAAGAAGAGCAAAGACAAGGAGGUAGAGUCGAAGAGUCAAGUGAUCGAAGGCAUCAGUCGCCUCAUCUGCGCUGCCAAACACCAGCAAACCAUGCUGAGAGUGCUGAUUGAUGGAGUCGAGUGGAACGAUGUCAAGUUUUUCCAGUUAGCAGCUCAAUGGUCCUCACAUGUCAAACACUUCCCCGUCGGGAUUUUUGGGCACAAUAAGGGCCCGUACUAGCAGCACCUCGAAAAGAGACUGAAACAAGGACGACCGCCCCCGUUGACCCCGGUGCCAAGAUUUUAACCCCCUGCCUCCUUCAUUUUACUCCGCUGUCUUAAGUUAAACUGCCGCUCUCCACUGUUGCAUUUGUCCGAUUAUUUAAUAUUCCAGGGUUUUUUUUUGUGUUUUUGUUUUUUUUAUUUAUGUAAAGCUGCCAGGUGAAAAUGACUUUACCCUGCUUAAAAAAGCUGCUGAUGUUUUGUAGAGCUUUGAGAAAAAUAGUCUUCAUAAAAGGCUUUUAACCUUUAACAUGUUGAGUGAGUCAUCAGGUAGGACCUGUUUUAUUUUUUUGCUGUUGUUUUAUUUAAUGUUUGUGUUUUUUUAAGGUUUGUAUUAAACCAGCAAAAUUAUUACAGUACAUAAAACACACACACACAAAAACACAAGAGAAGCUGCCAUGGAAUGAAAUUCUCUUACUUUCAGUUCAGGUUUUAUCCCCAGGUUUUCCUUGCCGAGAAGUAAAAAAAUAAAUAAAACAAAAUAACUCGAGUAGAUGUAAAAUCAGUGAAUUGAGCUGUCAUUGUUCAGAUAUUUUCUUUCACGUCAUACAAACUUCUGUAUUUUGUAUUUCUCGCUCUAAAAAUUAACUCAAAACAUGUCAAGUGUUAGAAACAAAAAUCAUUUAAAAAAAAAGGAAUUCAUUAACAUUUAAAAGGUAACGAACAAAUAUCUGGCUAAGAGGCUUCAAGUGCCAGCUAGAAACCUCCCAGCCACCAGGGGGCAGCAAGUACUCACAAAGAAUGAGCCUGAAACAAUUCCUAAGGUCCCAUGCAACUUUGGGCCCGCUGUGGAAUCAAUAUUAUUGGCAGCUAAUUAGCUUAGCAUGGCAUAAAGGCUCUAAAGAAAUUCCAAACUGGUAAAUUUUUAAAAUUUGCUUUAGAAAGUUCUGAAGUUUAACCUUAUGUUAAUUACACAGCCACUGGCUACAAAUACUCUGCUACGGCCAGAAGUAAACAUCCUUCCACCAUAUUGGACUCGCAUUGGACGUGACCUAGAAAUAUGAAGGUUUGAUGUAAUUGGUGAAAUUGGAAGAUUCCUAAUUUACUGUGGCAUAAAUUCUCAUCUGACUGAACAUGGGUGUACGUUGGAAAAUGUCUGACUAUUCCUCUGAGUUUUUCUUGUUAACGGGAAUUAGUUGUAGAAAGACCUAUCUUUACCUCUAAGCUGUUUAAUCCACCUUCAAGGGAAAGUUAAGAUUUUUUGUAAUAAAGUUCUGUAAAGUAUCUGUCAUAUACCAGUUAGUUUUUAGAAAAGAAAAUACAUUUGCAGGACAUAAAACGCUAGCUAGGUGACCAGACGAGCCCCUUGUUUAAGCUGAUUUUGUCCAUUUAAGCAACCCAAACUGUUAUAAAGUACUGCGCUUUAUUAGGGAAUUUUAAAAUUACAUUAGCAAAAACUACCAGCUUUACUAAUCUGUUGGUUUAGUUAAUCUUGGUCUAACAAGUUAAAUUUUAUUUGUUUUUAAAUGGGACAAUGCAGGUCAAUGAACAUCUAGUGUACAUGUAAAUAUAUGAGUUUAUAGCCGAGUGCAUAAGUUCCCUUUAGUCAAAAACAUUCACUCUUGCUUGAUGCUCUGGGUCGUAGGUUCUCCAUUUUAAAAUGUAAUAUUUGUUAUUGUCAAACACUUAAAUUUUAGUUUUAAUCUCAGCACAGGACAUGUUUUAAUACAUGUAUGGUCCUGCAUGCUCUGUGAAACUGUAAUCUGGUUUUUAAUUUAAUCUUUAGAAUAUUCCUCCUUCCCCACUGAGUGACCUUUCAGCUCAUGGUCACAAUUUGUUUUGCUCGUUCUGCUCCACAUUUUUCCACAAAUAGCCUCGCUGAUUUCUUCAAGUAUUUCAGUAAUGACCCAGCAGCGUGUUUGAAGUACACUUUUAAAAACACAUCCACAAGCGUUACCUCCAAGUAACCUAUCAGAAGCUUAAAAACCGGUGACCUCAUCACUUAAGCUCUUCCGAGAUAUUUAAAGGCGUUGUAAACUUAAUGUAAGUAAGUUGUGGAGUUGUAUCCUUUACAUUUUCGGUUUGAUUUGUUUGAAAUAACUAAAAUCAGCCAAAACAGGGGAUCCUAUUGGACUAGCUGCUAUCUUCUCUGAGGAUACAGUCACAAAACUUCACUUUGAAAAAUCUGAACUAUCCCUUUAAGACCAGCACUCCUUCGCACUGCGUAGCUUUUUGCUGAAAGCAAAGACUUUGAUUGUUUUAGGGGUUUUCUGUGGCCAAAGCGAGUUUGUUCGUCACCGCUCUCAGCCUGUGUGCUCUGCUACUUUAUAACGUUGAGAUGAAUGUAUCAAAAGGCUACCUUACUGCAGCGCUUCUCAAUUCCAGUCCUCAGUUCCCCCACCGCGCUGCAUGUUUUAGAUGUGCCUCUGUUCCAGAACAGCUGAUUCAAAUGCUUGCGUGACCAUCAAGCGCUGGAGACGCCUGUUAUUCACCCACAGAUUCAAUCCAGGUGUGUGGCAGAAGGGAAACACCUAAAACACGCAGGGCAGGGCGGGGGCGGGGGUGAGGACCGGAAGUGAGAAACACUGCCUUGCUGUAAAGCACUUUUAAACGUUUGUGUAAUUUAGAUUAGCGUAAAAUCACUCUUCCCUCCGGGAACCUGCAGGUGUACAGUCGGCUGGCCGCUAUGCUGAGCAGCAGCAGCAUCGUCAUAUAUAUAUAUAUGCAAAGCUAGCCAAGCCGCUGUACUAUUAACACAUUAAUAGGCUCAGUUUGGGGCCUAAAUGGAGUAUUGUAGAGUUUAGUUCAAAUAUUCUAAGUUUAGAGCAGAUUGUGUACGUAGUGAAUGUCUGAAGCUUCUCUUCGCGUUCAGCUGUGCGUCAAACACACUUUUUGCCCACAAAUUGUUACUAGAAGUUUGAUCGUAACCCUUAUCAUUUGCUUAAUAAGUGCCUAAAUUGCAUAAUUUGACAAAUCAGUAUAAGUAAGAAUCCCUGCCAACUAUGGUAAAACGGUGCUGAGUCCGGGCCCAAGAGAAAUUAAAUAAACUCCGACACACACAAAUAGUUACGUCUGUCCACGUGUGCGAUGCUAAAUCGCAUUCUAGCCACUUGGCUAUAAGUAAAAUAAACCCCUAAUGUUGAGGAAAACCUUGGUUGUUUCUUCUUAUCUGUGUAAAAUCUAUUUUUAUUUUAAGUGUCUCAGAGAAAGCUUCUCAAGACUGAAAGUUGCUUAAAGACUACCACUGUAAUCCCAAAAAUUGGGAAUAAUAAAACUACUAUACACACUAAAA